AUGUCGGACAUUGUCAAAAGCAAGAAGGGCCGCUCAGAGUGGCAUUACCUGGGUGAUUUGACGACCCUCGACAACUUGCAUUCAACUUUACCGUUCCCACUCAGUGCCUAUCACAAGCCGGAACUGAGGAAGGAGGAAGAAGAAAUUUUCGAGCACUACGUAAGAUGGAUGGAGUUCAACGACCAUCGCUUUGCGACCAACCCCGAAGAAGGCGCUGAGUUUUACGACGGUGCACAAGUCUUGUACUAUGACUUGAUGGGCCUGAUUCCGCGCGGUCGCUUCGUCGAACAUUUUUACCAUAUUGGACCGUACUUCGCCAAGUCUCACAUCGGCUACAAGGACAUGGAAAUCAUUGCCACUGCUCCCGACUUCGGAUUCUGCAACAUGGAACAGCAUUACUACGGCGUCAGCACCGAUGGUCAUAAGUUUGACUUUAAAUUUCGUUACACUGGCCUGCUGAAAAAGAGAGAUGGUGUCUGGAGGUGGAUCCAGGAACAUGUGUCGUUCCCGGCCAACAUUGCCACCCAAAUGGCCGAUUUCACCUGCAGUCAAGACGCCGGCGAACAUUUGAGGAUGAAGGACGAGGACAACAAGAAGAGAGAGGAGCUCGACAAGGCUCAGGCCUAG